ACGUUCGCCUGGCACAUGUACGAGCACGACCUGAGAACCGACACAAGCAAGGAGAUCGCCGAUCUGUCCACCAUUCGGGUUCAACGAUUACAACCUAACGAGCUGGGGAUACUGGCUGGAAACCUUCAAGCCGGGAAAAGGUACAAGUGGAUUGUUGACGCCGUGCCCAACAAUCUCAGACCCACGGUUUCUGUUGAGUAUGAGGCGGCUACGGCGUACAAGUACAAUAUGUCCUGCACCGCGGCUCCAACUCUAGGUUUUUCGUGGCAGACAAACUUCGCCAUCACCGCAGUAGUCGAGGUGGAACCACGCAGUGAACAUGGAGUGAAUCUCAAUGCGCAUCCUGUGACCUAUACAGUUACAACAGACGUAUCAACUUUAGCUCAAAAUUCAAGACUCAAUUCUGUUGAAACUCCUAGCAUCCUAGCAGGCAGUGCAGCCGACAACUUUGUCGUCCCCAUAAACGUGCUGGCGGUCGGCGAUGACAUGUCAGUGGCGAUGUGCAGGGUCGACAUUGUAGGCGCGGAUAUGUCCAGCGCAUUGAUACAGCAAGGCUUCGGGGAUCUGCUGCAGCAGGCCCGCAGGACCGCCCUGUCCUCGACGCCGCCGCCGUACAGAACCUCCUCCAGGAACGUCUUUGCUAAAGAUUGGAACUCCGCCUCGAGCACGGCUGAGCUCCUGAGACUGCUGUCACUGCCCACGGGAGAUGAACUAGAGCUCCAGAAGUUUGUACGAUCUACACAUAUCGAGCUGCUCUCGGCUCACAUGUCCAGCCUGACUAGUCUGAACCAGAUUGAACUGGCGUCAGAGGCGCUGACGACGCUAUUCGGCACGGGGGAACUGGUGAACCCUGGAACAGAGGUUCUCUUGGUUGAGGCCAUGUACAACGCAGGGCUUGCUCUCUACAAUGUAACCUUAUUCGGCGGACAGCCGAUAGAUCGAGACGCCCUGCUGUCUGCAUCAACAGUCCUUCACGAUGGACUAGGUUCAGCCCUGGACAGCGCGCUAAGUCAACCACUGACAGCAACAACCUGGGUUCCUCAGUCGUAUGGAGCAGCCGAACAGACAAAGGCGCAGCAAGUCAUGGGUUAUUUUCUCACCACGACGGAGAUGUCCCUCCGCACGCUCCUACACAACACCACAACCGGCUCACCUCCUGUAGUCAUCCGCUCCGCGGCUGCGACAGUCAUCUACCAGCGACACGCCAGGGACCGUGUGCAGGAGGGAGAGUUCAGUCGGCAAAGAUCGGAGGGCUUCGUUACCUUACCCGAACCAGACGUUGUCUUCCAGUCGUCGGGAAACGACGCCGUGGUGGACUCGAGAUUCAUGACAUUUUCACGAAAUCCGUUCAUUUGGGACAACGACACCGAUACUCGGUCAUCUGUCGUCUCCCUGGACUUUUACGAUGACGCAGGACACCCUCUGUCUGUGCACGACACACAGGAACCGCUACAGGUCUUCGUUCAAAACUACGACACGCCGGGAACCCCCGAGGUUGUCUUCAUGAACGACUCUGUAGUAGCCAGUAACGGCCUGUCGUACCACAGGAUGGAGUCAGACAACAUCUCCGUACCGACAGCCGUUUUUCUCAUGCUUCUGCCACCCCCUCAUGUUAUAGGUUAUCGACUGUACAUGCAGUACAACGGGGUCCCGACUCCAGACAGCUACAACUUCACCACCGUCCUCCCACCGCUGCACACGGCGUGCAGAGUCGGGCCGUCUGGCUUAACCGGCACUGACGUCACUGCUACAUUCCCCCGGGCAUAUCCAGAGGUCAACGGCACGUACUACAUCGGGGUGGAAGAGCUGGAUCCAACGGAGUGCAAGACCGUCCCCGGCGCGUCCUACGCUGACGUGACGGCUCGACUGAGGGCGGCACGGCGCAACGAGACGUACAAACUGGCCAUUCUCACGCCCAGGUGCAACUGGUGGAACGUAGCUGGGAACAAGUGGAACCCGUCUGGUUGUACGGUCGGCCCGCAAACGACAGCAACUCGCACCCAGUGCCUGACGACACAUCUAACCUCGUUUGGAGCUGACUUCAUCGUGCCGCCCAACUCCAUCGACUUCAGCACGGUGUUCGCAAAGUUCGCCAACCUGAGUGACAACGCGGCGGUGUUCUCCACUGUCAUCGUCAUGUUUGGAGUGUACUUCAUCGUCGUCGUCUUUGCGAGAAAAGCCGACAAGCGCGAUGUACUGAAGUGGGGAGUUCUCCCCAUCGCCGACAACAGCAGGUGUGACGACCAGCUGUACCUGAUCACCGUGUACACCGGCAUGAAGGCCAACUCCGGUACCUCCUCCAGAGUCGGCAUCAUCCUGCAUGGGGAAAACGGUGACUCCGGGCCGAGACCACUGGCAGCAUGUCAACAGCAGGUCUUCAAGCGCGGCAGUGUGUCCACCUUCCUUCUGUCCACUUCUGAGAACCUCGGACAUCUGACCAACGUCCACGUCUGGCACGACAGCUCUGGGGAAGGCGGAGAAGCAAGUUGGUUUCUAGAUCGCCUUGUAGUUGAGGACCUGCAAAGCCAUACUCGGUACGUGUUCUUUUGCCAACGCUGGCUGGCAGUAGAGAUGGAUGAUGGGAAGGUGGACCGCUUCCUGAGCGCAGCCGGACGCGAUGAACUCACCAACUUCUCAUCGGUGUUCCAAACCAAGACUCGUCAGGACAUCAGCGACGGUCACCUGUGGUUCUCGGUAGCCUCCCGCCCCACACGGAGUCACUUCACCCGUGUCCAGCGGGCCUCCUGCUGCCUGUCUCUGGUCUUCCUCACCAUGAUCACUAACGCCAUGUUCUAUCGGACGGACGACAGCGUCAGACAACAGGUGUACCGGUUGGGCCCCCUGGUGUUCACCCUGAGCCAACUGUGGAUCAGUUUUGUCAGCACGCUCAUCGUGUUUCCUGUCAACUUCAUCAUCGUGUACGUCUUCCGCAAGUCUAGACCGAAACCGCGAACAAAACCGUCCUCUAGGUCUGAAGACAUCUAUAAGGUUGAACGUCCGCAGGAACACCAAGAGUCUGGCCUGCCCCACUGGUGUGUGUACAUCGGCUGGGCUCUGGUCGUCCUGUCUGCAGCAGGCUCGGCCUUCUUCGUCAUCCUCUACAGCAUGGAGUGGGGAGCGGAGAAGUCGGGGCAGUGGCUGACGUCAAUUCUACUCUCCAUCUUCCAGUCUGUCCUCGUGAUCCAACCGAUUAAGGUGAUUAUAUUUGCCGUCAUCAUUGCUGUUACUUUUAAGAAGUUCGGCAAGGAGGAAGAUUCACUGGCGAGUGGCGGUCUGGCUGAUGACGAGGAGAUUCUUCCUCCAGCUGCGGAUGCCAAAGACGUAAAAGCCCCGAGGAUGCCUGACUCCUCCACCGCCAGUAGAGAGGCUGAUCUGGCGGCAGCUCGCAGCCGGCGGCUGAAGGAACUGCGGAUGAACGUGAUCCUGUGGGACGUCACCAAACACUUCCUGGUCGUGGCCGUGGUCUUCUAUCUAGCCUUCAGCAGCGUCCCCAUGCACGGAUACUUCAUGCAGAAGGCUCUCAACAACACGUUUUCUUCUAUCAAAAUGGUGAAAUCAGUGGAUAGUGUCUGGUACUGGGCCAAUGCUGAACUGCUCAAGAUUCUAUUCGCUCAACCGGAGAGCACCAUUCUGGACGACCAGUCUUACAGGGUCGGGGCAGCUGCCUUCAAACAGUUCAGAAGCCGUCCAGGUGCCUGCGUGGCAAACACCAUGCCUCUUCCAAUCUGCAAGUUGGACUAUUCCUUAUCGCAGUACGAAAACGGAGAUUUUGGAGUUGGAUGGCGACCACUUUGGGACACAAACGUCACCAACUCCAGUUUCACUGCCUCCGUGGCAUCAGCCUGGGUCUUCACACCGGGAACGUCUUUCCCCUACGGCGGGCAGGUAGACGCGUACACUGACGGGGCCUACAUGUUCGAGAUCGGCAACGAUCCUCGUCAGGCCGUCCUCACCAUGAAACAUCUCCAAGAGCACGGCUGGUUGGACGACUUCACAGAAGCAGUUAUAGUAGAGAUUAAUGCUUACAAUGCUAACGCAGACUUGUUUGCGGUGAUCGACUUAAAGGUAGAAUUUCAGGCAGGCCGGGCCGCUACAACCACCAUAGAUAUCCACAUCUUCAAGUUGUACUCCUAUCUGGGAACUGCUGGGCAGCUGACUAUUGCGUUUCAGAUUAUCUUCGCCAUCUUGUUUGCCUUCUCGCUGUUGAGAGAGGGGAAGAAACUAGUGAAACAGAAGAGGAAGUAUUUCUCUCAGCCUUGGAAUAACCUGGAAUUCGUCCGACUUCUGCUGUGUGUUGUUGCCAUCGUCAUGUUUGCUGUGAAGGAGGGAGUUCGCGACUACCACGUCGACACACUGAAAAGUCUUCAGGGUGGCUAUCAUAGCUUCCGUCCUAUUGCCGUCUACUCAGAGGUUUUCUCAGCUUUCUUGGCCAUCCUUGUGUUCGUCAUGACCUUACAGUUCCUGCAGCUGUUGGGCUUCAACCGUCUCAUCGGAGCCCUCUUCCACACACUCAGCAACGCAGGCAGGAAGAUCGCCAUGUUCGCUUUACUGAUAUUCAUUCUUAUCACUGCAUACAGUACCACCGGAGUCCUCCUUUUCGGACGUUGGAACCAUGAUUAUAUCAGCUUCCCUUCAGCCGUCCGGUCACAGCUGCUCAUGAUCUUCGAAACCGUCUCCUACCACAAGAUCAUCGUGAGUCAUCCUGUCGUGGGUCGAAUAUUCUUCUUCAGCUACGUGGUCAUCGCCAUGAUCAUCAUCCUGAACGUGUUCGUGUCCAUCCUGGAUGACGAGCUGCGGACGUCCAAGCGCGAUCCCGGCGGUCUGGGCGGGGACACGGACAUGGGGGAGUUCAUGAUGGACAGGUUCCUCCGGUUCCUGGGAGUGGACACUGGACAUGUGGCUACUAAAGAUGACCUGACGCACACAGACGACAUAGAUGCACAACUGAAAGAGCUGGAGGAAAAACUGGACCUGGUGCUGGAGAGGGCUGGCUCCAUAUAGUUUGCAUAAACGACUGGAUAACAAGGAAACCAAGUUUUGUUUUACCAUCUAGUUUCAUCUCAACAGCAAUAUAAUAAAAUAAUAUAAUAAAUGUCUCAAACACCUGAAUAUA